AUGGUGAGUGGGUUUUGGGUGGUGAAGAUGACGGAUCGGGCCCGCCUGAUCUCGGCCUUUAUCACCCCAUUUGGACUUUUCGAGUGGAAUCGGAUGCCUUUUGGGCUGAAGAAUGCGCCGCAGAUCUACCAGCUGAUCGGCAACGCCUUAUAUGGGUUCACCCAAAUCCCGAAAAUGGCAGGUGAUCUUGAGCGUCUGGAUUUAUUCGAGGCCAGAGAAUCUGAGGAUCCGGGCAAACCAUCGGUGUUAGGACGCAGAUCCUACAUCGACGACAUCCUAGUACCGGCAGAUGAUUGGGAUCAGCUAUGUGACUGUGUGGAAGAUCUUCUGGAGGCGUGCAACAAAUGGAACUUGUCGAUCUGCGUUGUCAAGAGUUUCUGGGGCAUGCCCAAGGUGGCACAAGGUAUCGUACGAUGGACUGGAGGCAAAUCCGAAGGAUCUGUCGGCGUUGACGGAUCUCGAGUUUCCCGGAUCCCUGCGGGCGAUGCAAUCAGCCUGAACUAUUAUAGUCGCUUCAUCGAGGAUUAUGUGAUCUACGCGUCUGUACUAUAUGAGUUGAGGGGGAUCGACUAUGCUGCGAUGGAGAAGGGCGUGAAUCAAAGCCGGAUUCAGCUAGCACUAGCUGUCAUGGGAUCCGACGCUUGA